ACCACAGUGGUCUUACCACUAAGGAUCGGAACCAUAUACAGGACUUGUUUUGUUCUAACAAGAUUAGAGUGGUUGUUGCAACUGUGGCAUUUGGCAUGGGCCUUAACAAGACAGAUGUUGGAGCAGUAAUUCAUUACAGCUUGCCAGAAAGCUUGGAAGAGUAUGUUCAGGAGAUUGGCCGUUCAGGACGGGAUGGGAGGUUGUCCCACUGCCAUCUGUUGUUUGAUGAUAUCACGUAUUUCAAACUGAGAAGCCUCAUGUACAGUGAUGGGGUAGAUGAAUACACAGUAAACAAGUUUCUCUUUCAAGUUUUCUCCAGUGACAUGAAUGUCCAUGGGAAAAUUUGCUCACUAGUUAAAGAAGCUGCAUCUCGCAAAUUUGACAUGAAAGAAGAG